ACCUUCUCUCUCUAACAACGUCCACUCACAGAUGACUUCCCUCUCAAACUCUAACAGUGGCCACGACGGCUCCUUCUUCAAGAUGCCCACCAUCAAGUUUACCAAGCUCUUCAUCAAUGGAAAUUUUGUUGAUUCCAUAUCAGGAAGGACAUUUGAGACUAUAGAUCCUAGAACAGAAGAGGUGAUUGUAAGAGUUAGCGAGGCAGAUAAAGAAGACAUUGACUUAGCCGUUAAAGCGGCCCGUGAAGCAUUUGACUCAGGCCCAUGGCCUCGCUUGCCCGGUUCUGAAAGGGCAAAAAUUAUGAUGAAAUGGGCAGAGCUAAUUGAUGAAAAUGUAGAUGAACUAGCUGCAUUAGAAACGAUAGAUGCUGGCAAGCUGUACCAUUUUAAUAAGGUUGUGGAAAUUCCUGCGGCUGCUAGUACGCUACGUUAUUAUGCAGGUGCUGCUGAUAAAAUUCAUGGCGAGGUAUUAAAAAUGAGCCAGGAGUUCCAUGCAUAUACACUGUUGGAACCAAUUGGUGUUGUGGGACACAUAAUUCCCUGGAAUGCACCAACCUCCAUGUUCUUCACCAAGGUUAGCCCUUCCUUAGCUGCAGGGUGCACCAUGGUCCUCAAGCCUGCUGAACAAACACCUCUCUCUGCUUUGUUUCAUGCUCAUUUGGCUAAGUUGGCUGGAAUCCCAGAUGGAGUGCUCAAUGUAGUACCAGGAUUUGGCCCAACUGCUGGUGCUGCAGUUAGCUCACACAUGGAUAUUGAUGCGGUUAGCUUUACUGGUUCAAUUGAAGUAGGACGUGAAGUAAUGCAAGCUGCUGCUAGGAGUAAUCUAAAACCAGUUUCACUUGAAUUAGGAGGCAAGUCACCUCUCAUUAUUUUUGAUGAUGCUGAUAUAGACAAAGCUGCUGAGCUUGCUAUCUUGGGCGUCUUGAUUAACAAGGGAGAAAUUUGUGUAGCAAGUUCUCGUGUGUUCGUUCAAGAAGGGAUUUAUGAUGAAUUUGAGAAGAAGUUAGUGGAGAAGGCCAAAUCUUGGAUAGUUGGAGACCCUUUUAAUCCUAAAUCACAGCAAGGACCUCAAGCUGACAAAAACCAAUUUGAAAAAAUACUUUCCUAUAUUGAGCAUGGAAAAAGAGAAGGAGCAAUCAUUUUGACGGGAGGCAAAAUAGUGGGCAACAGGGGCUACUACAUUGAACCUACAGUAUUUUCUAAUGUAAAGGAGGACAUGCUCAUAGCACAAGAUGAAAUAUUUGGCCCUGUAAUGGCGCUAAUGAAGUUUAAGACCAUUGAGGAAGCAAUUAAAAGUGCUAACAAUAGCAAGUAUGGCCUAGCAGCAGGCAUUGUAACCAAGAAUUUGGAUACUGCAAACACUAUGUCAAGGUCCAUUCGUGCAGGCACUAUUUGGAUAAAUUGCUAUUUUGCGUUUGGGAAUGACGUUCCUUUUGGAGGGUACAAAAUGAGUGGAUUUGGAAGAGAUUUGGGAUUGGAGGCCCUCCACAAGUACUUACAAGUUAAAUCUGUUGUAACACCUAUUUACAAUUCUCCUUGGCUUUGAAUAAUUGAAUGGCUCCUGCGUGGCCGCUAAUGUAUGUCAUUUUCUUUUCGACAGUUACAUUUAUUUCCUUAUGGUUUGGUGUGACUCAAAAACACUGACUCGUUGUGUUACUGAAUUUAACGUUUUCCAUCCUUGUAUUUU